AUGUCCGCCCCCAGAUCCGGCCGCCAAUCCCCACCCGAGGAGCGCCAAUCCGGCGCCCAGCAGCGCGACCCGCCCGGCAGCGGCAAGGCCAACCUCGACGGACACCCGCCGCCGGCGGAGUUCCCGCAGCAAAGAUCUGAUGAGGAGAAGAGUCGGCUGCCGAGUAACCCGGAGCAUCCGUUGGAGAAGAUUGAGGCGGCGAAGUUUGCUAAGUGA